UUAUGUCAAAGAAGUUUGUGUAGAAUCAUUUAUAUGCGUGUAUGAAACUUAAAAUAACAACAUUAAACAUAUGUUUUAUUUAUCGUAUGUACCUUGGAGAUUGCAUUUCAGAGACAAGCGCGUAACAUUGCCUUGCAGCGUCGUGUUCCACUUUUCCACGGGUCAUAGUUUUCGUGCACACCGGUCACGCGAGAUGAGAAGAUGGCGAAAUAUUGUGCAUAUUUUACGAAGUAAAAGCCACAUGUAAUGGCGAGGAAGAAGGUAAAUCCGGCCAAAGUUAAGAAGACGUCCGACUCACCAGGGAAGGUGGACAGCAGAACAUCCAAGUACAGAAACUACGACCUUCAGGAUGUGGAGAAUGCUUUCAAGGAUGUCAUGGAGAACAAGAUGUCUAUCCGCUCGGCCGCCAUCAAGAAUGGUGUUCCAGCAUCCACCCUCCGAGACCGAGUUCAGGGAAGGAUAAAGGUCAACACUGUUCACUCAGGACCACCCCCGUUCAUGCCCAAGGAAGAUGAAAGGUCUUUUGUGAAACACAUGUUGAAGCUUAAGGCAGUUGGAUACCGUUAUCGGCAGAUCGACAUCGCUGAUGGUGCUGCAGACUAUGGACAUUACUAUGGCAAGAGGGACAUUUCUGAAGGACCAAUGAGUCGCGGUUGGAUAAAGAAGUUUGUGGACAGGCAGAAGAAGAAGAUCACUUACAUGGAGUAUCACUUCCGUGCAAAAUGUCCUUUCCCGCCAGUAAGUGUACAGAAGAAAUAUUAUGAAGAACUGGAUUCUAUUCUGGUCAAGAACAAUCUUAAGGACAGGCCACAUUUGAUAUAUAAUCUGUCUGAAACUGCCCUUACGUUGACCUAUGCAGAUGAGCCUCACGAGCCUGAAGCUACCAUCUUCAGCUGUUUCAACGCCUUAGGACUAAAGCUCCCUCCUUUCUUCAUCUUCAAAGGAAAGAAACCAAAUGCUAAACUGACCAAAGGGGGUCCCGAUGGCCUCGGGGCAGUGAUGUCCGAGUCCGGAGCUCCCAACAGUCGAAUCAUGCAACAUUACCUCAAGGACCACUUCCUGAAGAACCUUGAAGCAGAUGAAGAAGAUGAGAACACCCAUGUCCUCCUCCUUUAUGAUGGACACCGGUCUCGAAUCCUCUUCCCUGUCAUCCGAUGGGCCCUGGAGCAUAGGAUCAUCCUCUUUGUCAUCCCACCCCACUGUACAUACACUGUUGAUCCACACAACCUUGCCAACUUCAACCCCAUGGACAUAUGCUUCCAUAAGGAAUGUUCCUCCUACCUUCUAAAGCACCAGGAUAAGACGGUUGACCGGUUCAAUAUCUGUAAAAUUGCCAGCAAGGCCUAUGAGAAAGUGUUCACUACUCCUGCAAUAAUUGCCUCGUAUCAUGAGGCAGGGAUCUAUCCCUACAAACCAAAGAUUCUUCAUCAUCUGCCGACAGCCCGGCAUCAAGAAGGCUCUCUUAGGAGGAGAAAGAGGAAACAUGCCAGAGAAGUUAAAAAGGAGCCUAAACGAGCGAAGAGGGCAAAGGUGUCCACGGAGGACUAUGAUGAUGAAGAUGAAGACAGCUUGUUUGAAGAAGAGUCUAGUGACUUUGAAAUGGAGUCAGAUGGGGAGGAAGAUGUCUCAGGGCACAUCUCAAGGGCUGCAGAUCGUGAUCACAGCUAUGGGACAUGUAGCAAUAAUCAGGACAAUGAUCUUGAAAUGGAUGGGGAACCAGCAUUAGGAAACAGUGGAGUCACUGACAGUGUAGACAGACAAACAGUUCUUGUCAAACCCCCUGAUGAAAAAGACUCCACUGCAGGAGUUAGUGUUGUGGCUGUUGGAGAAGUUGGCGAUGUUGUAGAGGAGGUUUGCAUCCAGAGUGGCGAAGUUUCUGUACCCAGUCAGACACCCGAGUCACUUAUGAAUGUUAAGGGAGAAGGGACUGCUGAUGGUGAACCUAAAUCUGACCCGGGGCUGCUAUCAGAAGCAUCUGUGAUGAACGUGGACACGGAGCACAGUGGAGUUCUUGUCACCCCAGCAGGUGGUUCCAAGAAACGGGAAUACAUGCUCAUAAAGCCUAAGGCCAAACAUGAUACCCAGUUGAACAUCUCAACAGAAGUCCAUGGAUUCAUUGAUCCAGGGGGACAGUUGAUCCCUGUGGUGGACACUCAGCCUGAUCAGAAAGCUUCUGUGAAUAUUGAUGGUCAGGACAUAGUGGUGACAGUUAUCGAAGUGAGUCAGACAAUGUAUGAUCAAGUCCUGGCUGGGGGAGAUGUGGUCCUCACAGAGGACACCGUCAGUGAGGAGGUGCUCAAGGAGGACACAGUUGGAGAGGAGAUGAUCUCGGAGCAAUAUGUAGAAGGUCUAGUCAGCAAGGACGUCCCUACUGAGGAUAUAGUCAGCAAGGACGUCCCCACUGAGGACAUAGUGUCCAAAGACAUCACCAGUGAGGACAUGGAUGUCUCAAAUGUAGACACAGUCAGUAAGAACGCAGAAGCCCCCACUGAGGACACAAGCAGGCAGACGGUGCUCAAUGUUAAAUUUCAGGAAGAUGAAAAACAAAAUUCUGCCAGUGCUAGCGUGAAGACUGAACCUGAAUUGGUGUAACUUGAGAACCUCUUAGUGUUUAUUAACACUCCAGACAUGAUUGUACAGUCAAGAAGUCAGACAUUGUUAAUGCAAUCUUUGCAGUACUCCGGGGACACUUGGACUGGACCAUGUGAGCCCCGAUAUUGUCUUUGGGAGGUUGUGAAAGAUAAUAGGGAUCUUGCCAUCUAAUUGUUUGGAUUUACAUGUUUCUGUACUGCAACAAAAAGUGUCAGGAUUUGGAGUAUUCUGGGGAAGAGCCUAAAUUAUAAAUUCUCAGUCCUUUACAUAUGGCAGUCUGCGACUUAAGCCACUAGUCUUUUCUUGGUUUGAUAAGCUUACAUAGAAACAACAGUAAGUCUCUUUAUUAAGACCAAAAUCUGCUGUAGACAUGGUAAAUGAUGUCAAGUGUGUAUACACGUGCUAACACUCUUUCCUCUGUAAAGAUGGUAAGUUUCUAAACAGUAUUUUUGCUGUAUUUCUUGGUGAAGUAACCUGUGUUAUCCGUUUGUUUGUUUAUUGUU